AAGACAUGGCCUUUAUCCGUAAUCUGGAGUCCGAACCACGAACCCAACGGGGAAAAACGCCCACGGAGCGAAGAAAAAUAUGCCCAACGACCCACUCUGCACUACGGUGCCUAUUACUCCGGAACAUCAACUGUAUUACCACUUUCACCGCCCGAUGCUACUUUCUCAGUCAUCAUUGGAGCAAAGGACAUCGGACUACAACUGAAUCGCUACAAAAAGGAUGUGAUUUCGGAUCCUAUUUUGGACGCCGGUUGCCGGAAGAGUUAUUCUCGGAAAGAAAUUAUUCAGAAUUAGCUUUUAAUUUUCCUAGAUAA